AUGGGCACCAAAUCCAUUCGCACCGCGCUUAAAGUAGACCUUAGCAAGCCUGCUCGAGAGCAAAAGGGUCUCCAUAACCGAUGGCACCCAGAGGUUCCCUGCUGCGGCACAAUCGCCAACAACGAAGUCGUCAAGAUCGAAUGCCUUGACUGGACCGGCGGCCAGAUCCAGAACAACGACUCUGCUGACGACGUCAGGGACGUCGACCUAACACAGAUCCAUUACCUCUCGGGCCCCUUUGACAUUGAGUCCGCUGAGCCGGGAGACGUCCUCCUCGUCGAGAUCCAGGACGUCCAGCCCUUUGAGGACCAGCCUUGGGGUUUUACUGGCGUCUUCAGCCGGGAGAAUGGAGGAGGGUUCUUGGAUGAGAUUUAUCCAAAGGCUGCCAAAGCCAUCUGGGAUUUCGAGGGCAUCUUCUGCUCCUCUCGCCAUAUUCCUGGUGUGCGCUUUGCCGGACUCAUCCACCCUGGUAUUCUCGGCUGUGCGCCAUCCGCGGAAAUCCUGGCUGAGUGGAACAAGCGCGAGGGUGAGCUGAUUGCAGCAAACACCACGGGCCGCGACGUUGCGAAGCCCCCAGAGCCAGUCAAUGUCCAUGGCGGCGCUGCGGACGAAGAGCUCACUGCAAAGAUUGGUCGAGAAGGAGCACGGACUAUCCCGGGCCGACCCGAGCACGGCGGAAACUGCGACAUCAAGAACCUCUCGCGCGGUAGCAAAGUCUACCUCCCCAUCCACGUCGCCGGGGCCAAAUUCUCCGUCGGUGACCUGCACUUCUCGCAGGGCGAUGGCGAAAUCUCCUUCUGCGGCGCGAUCGAAAUGGCUGGCAUCAUCACACUGAAGUUCGCCGUCAUUAAGGACGGCAUGGCCAAGAUGGCCAUGAAGUCGCCCAUCUUCCGCCCGGGCCCUGUUGAGCCGCAGUUCGGUCCAGGGCGCUACCUGACUUUCGAGGGGUUCUCUGUUGAUGAAAAUGGGAAGCAACAUUACCUCGAUGCGACAGUUGCGUAUCGCCAGACUUGUCUGCGGGUCAUUGAGUAUUUGAGGCGGUAUGGUUAUGAUGAUUAUCAGAUUUAUCUGUUGUUGAGCUGUGCGCCUGUGCAAGGGCAUAUUGCGGGCCUGGUGGAUAUUCCGAAUGCGUGUACGACGCUGGGUGUGCCGAUGGAUAUCUUUGAUUUUGAUAUUAGGCCUGAGGUGGGGGCUGUCAAGCGCGAGAUGGGGAGUUGUGCGUUUGCUUCGAGCUGA